AUGGAUAGGCUGCACCGCGCGCCAUUCGGCAUCCGCGCGGGCCAGCAAAGCCUUCCCGCGCGCGAGGCGCCUCCUUCCCGCGGGCUACCACUUCUUCCCGCGCGAACUCGACCACGCCGCACGCGUCUUCAGUUUCCUCUGCCACAGCCCUUGCGCCCGUUCCCCAACCAAGCACGCACCUUGAGCUUCCUCCGCCAUGUCCCUGCCGCCGCGACCACGUGGUCCGGCACCUGUGCGCGGGUACGAGAACCUGGCCGCCCGGGCAUCUUCUCCGGUGGCCCAGUUCGCCGGCGGUUCCAUGGCUCAAGGAAGCAGGACUCUGUUGGUUGCGAGGGCCAUGUGGAUCUAGGAUGGUUGGAGAACAGAGAGGUUGGAUUGAUGCGGCGUCGAGUGAUACCUCCCACUGACUUCAAUGGCCAGCCAUCGCAGGCCCCCUCCCCAAGCGUGAGCCAGCAGCCACAGUUCUCCUUCCUAGAUGCAGCACAGGGCGUCGUCGAGGAAUUAUCUAGUGAGGCCUUGGUCAUUUUAUUUCAUUUGUCAGUAAUGUUCCUAGCAGUGGAUGAAUUUUGCUCCUAUGUUGAAUGGAAUGUCAUGAUUGGUUUCUAUAUUUUGCUCAUCUAUUGUUUGUGCAAACUGUGA